AUGGCGACGGGAGAGGUUUUGAUCUCUUGCGCACACACCCGAUCCCCCCCCCCCCCCCCCAACCCGUCCGCGGCCGCUUCCUGGCGUGCCCUUCAUGGCUUGACCGCCGCCCCCAACCCCGCCGCCGGCGACUGCAUUCACGACACCCGCUGCAGCCCCCAAACCCGUCGCCGCCGCCCGCAAUCCGCGCCGCCGCCCCCAACCCUCCAUGGCUUGACCGCCGCCGGCGCCGCCGCCCCCAACCCCGCCGCCCCAAACCCGCCGGCGGCUCCCCCAAACCCGCCGUCGGCGACCGCAUCCCCGAUGCCGGCCGCAGCCUCCAAACCCGUCGCCGCCGCCUGCAAUCCGCGCCAGGAAGGUGAAUCGUUUGGAAGCUUCACAAACCGAACAUGGCUUCUUCCUGAUGAAGCUGGCUGCUUAAAUGUUGGCACGCUGCAAUCUUCAUUCUGCAUAUGAUCUUUUGGUGCUAGCUGUCUUGGUCUUUUCCUUUAUUUUUCUUUGGCAUUUUUACCUUGGCUUUGCACUGUGACUUCUCAAUUGGAUGAGCUUAGCCUGAGUGCACACUUGU